UCAAAAUGUCGCCCCGUCGCCAGCGCUAAAAAUACGCAGUAUCUCAAAGAUGCGUCAGCCAACAUCGUCGUCAGCUGCAUUGAUGCCGAUGCUGCUGAUAUUUCUAGUUGCCGACACUGGAUUAAAUGGAUUAACACAAGUUGCUGCGCUCAAGGGUGAAAAUCCACGCAUCAUCGAGCAUCCCAUGGAUACAACGGUGCCAAAAAACGAUCCAUUUACGUUUAAUUGCAAAGCCGAGGGCAAUCCCACACCAACCAUACAAUGGUUUAAGGAUGGACGUGAGCUGAAAACGGAUACGGGCUCGCAUCGCAUCGCUCUGCCCGCUGGUGGUUUAUUCUUUCUGAAGGUUAUACACUCGCGCCGGGAGAGCGACGCUGGCACCUAUUGGUGUCAGGCCAAGAACGAAUUCGGUGUGGCACGUUCGCGCAACGCCACGUUGCAAGUGGCAUUUUUGCGCGAAGAGUUCCGUCUGGAACCGCAGAACACGCGCGUUGCCCAAGGCGAGGUGGCCCUAAUGGAGUGCGGGGCACCGCGGGGCUCACCCGAGCCGCAAAUCUCAUGGCGGAAGAACGGACAGACGCUCAACUUGAGCGGAAACAAGCGUAUACGGGUUGUGGAUGGCGGCAAUCUGGCCAUACAAGACGCACGUCAAUCGGAUGAUGGGCGCUAUCAGUGUGUGGUCAAGAAUGUGGUGGGCACCCGUGAGUCUGCCACGGCCUUCCUCAAGGUGCACGUGCGUCCCUUUCUCAUACGCGGUCCACAGAAUCAAACAGCCGUGGUUGGCAGCUCGGUGGUCUUUCAGUGCCGCAUUGGUGGCGAUCCUUUGCCCGAUGUCCUUUGGCGUCGCACUGCCUCUGGUGGCAAUAUGCCUUUGCGUCGUGUGCACAUACUUGAGGACCGCAGUCUCAAGUUGGACGACGUCACGCUGGAGGACAUGGGCGAGUACAGUUGCGAAGCGGACAAUGCGGUGGGCUCAAUUACCGCAACGGGCAUUUUAACUGUGCAUGCUCCACCCAAGUUCACAAUACGACCCAAGAAUCAAUUGGUUGAGGUUGGAGAUGAAGUGCUCUUCGACUGCCAGGCCAGUGGUCAUCCCAAGCCCACGCUCUACUGGUCCGUCGAGGGUAAUAGCUCGCUACUACUGCCUGGCUAUCGCGAUGGUCGCCUGGAGGUCACUUUGACGCCCGAAGGUCGCUCUGUGCUGUCCAUAGCGCGCUUUGCUCGCGAGGAUUCCGGCAAGGUGGUGGUUUGCAAUGCUCUCAACGCUGUCGGCAGCGUUAGCAGUCGAACUGUCGUCAGCGUGGACACACAGUUCGAGCUGCCGCCGCCCAUCAUUGAACAGGGUCCGGUCAAUCAGACGCUGCCUGUGAAAUCCAUUGUAGUGCUGCCUUGCCGCACGCUGGGCACGCCAGCUCCUCAGAUCUCCUGGUAUCUGGAUGGCAUUCCCAUCGAUGUGCAGGAUCACGAGCGCCGCAAUUUGUCCGAUGCCGGCGCCUUGACCAUUUCGGAGCUGCAGCGACAUGAGGAUGAGGGUCUCUAUACAUGUGUUGCGAGCAAUCGCAAUGGGAAGUCAUCGUGGAGCGGGUUUCUGCGCUUGGACACACCCACCAAUCCCAACAUUAAGUUCUAUCGCGCACCAGAACUCUCCACCUAUCCUGGACCCCCAGGCAAGCCUCAGAUGGUAGAGAAAGGUGAAGAUUCCGUUACGCUGAGCUGGACGCGUAGCAACAAAGUGGGAGCGUCCAGCCUCGUUGGCUAUGUCGUUGAAAUGUUCGGCAAGAAUGAAACCGAUGGCUGGGUAGCCGUUGGAACGCGCAUCCAGAACACAACCUACACGCAAAUGGGACUUGUGCCCGGUGUCAACUAUUUCUUUCUCAUACGUGCCGAAAACUCACAUGGCUUGUCGCUUCCCAGCCCCAUGUCGGAGCCGAUUACUGUGGGAACGCGUUACUUCAAUAGCGGGCUGGACCUGAGCGAGGCACGCGCCAGUUUGCUUUCUGGCGAUGUUGUGGAGCUCAUUAAUGCUAGCGUUGUCGACUCCACCACCAUGAAACUUACAUGGCAGAUCAUCAAUGGCAAAUACGUCGAGGGUUUCUACAUCUAUGCGCGUCAGUUACCAAAUCCAAUAACAAAUACACCGGCGCCCACAUCGGCAAACACGAAUCCGUUACUGACAGGCGGCACAACGGGCUCUGCGACUGCGACUGCCACUGCGUCUGCCUCAGCAUCAGCAUCGGCAUUGAUUUCGGCGAAGCCAAAUAUUGGAGCUGCCGGCAGACGUGACGGGACGGCCGUGGCAACAAAUGCACAGCAACAACAGCAGCAGCCGGCGUUGGAGCUCAGCACAAAAUAUCGCAUGCUAACCAUAUUGAAUGGAGGUGGAGCCUCCUCGUGCACGCUAACAGGACUUGUGCAGUAUACGCUCUAUGAAUUUUUCAUUGUGCCAUUUUACAAGUCCGUCGAGGGCAAGCCGUCGAACUCACGCGUGGCACGCACUCUGGAAGAUGUGCCCAAUGAAGCGCCAUUUGGCAUGGAGGCCAUUUUGUUGAAUGCCUCGGCCGUGUUCUUGAAGUGGAAGGCGCCUGAAAUGAAAGCUCAGCAUGGUCAACUGCUCUACUAUCAUGUCAUUGUGCGCGGCAUUGAUACGGCCCACAAUUUCUCACGCAUACUCACUAAUGUGACCAUUGAUGCCGGCUCGCCCACCCUGGUUCUGGCCAACCUUACCGAGGGUGUCAUGUACACUGUGAGCGUGGCUGCGGGAAAUAAUGCCGGCAUUGGUCCAUACUGUGUGCCGGCCACACUGCGAUUGGAUCCGAUUACAAAACGACUCGAUCCGUUUAUCAAUCAGCGCUAUCCCAUUAACCAGGAUCAUGUGGAUGAUGUGCUAACGCAACCCUGGUUUAUCAUUCUGUUGGGCGCCAUUUUGGCUAUCAUGAUGUUAUCCUUUGGCGCCAUGGUCUUUGUGAAGCGCAAGCACAUGAUGAUGAAGCAAUCGGCACUGAAUACCAUGCGUGGCACUCACACAAAUGAUGUGCUCAAAAUGCCGAGCCUAUCGACCCGUACAGGCAAUGGCUAUUGGCUGGAUGCCUCCAGCGGUGGCAUGGUGUGGCGGAACUCGCCAAGCGGUGACACGCUGGACAUGCAAAAGGAUCACAUUGCGGACUAUGCCCCGGUGUGCGGUGCCGGCGGUAGCAGCGGCAGCAAUGGCGGAGGCAGUGGCAGCGGUAGCGGAGCCAGUGGCAUUGACGAAGGCCAUGGCGAACGCAAUCAACAGCGCUACGUGGGCGAGUACUCCAAUAUACCGACCGACUAUGCCGAGGUCUCGAGCUUUGGCAAGGCGCCCAGCGAAUAUGGACGCAAUGGCAACGCAUCGCCAGCACCAUAUGCCACAUCGGCCAUACUUAGCGCCGGCGCUGGCAACGGCAGCGGCAAUGUUGGACAACAGCAGCCGCGUUAUCUGCAGCGUCCAGGCCCCAAUAGCUAUGGCAUGCAACAACUACAACUACAGCAGCACCAGCAGCAGCAGCAUCAACAACGGCCUAUGCAUCCACUCUACCCGCAACAACAGCAACAACAACACCAUCCGCAACAACAACAGCAGCAACAACAACACUCGAGUGCCAAUAUAUACCAGCAAAUGUCCACCACUGGCGAAAUCUAUCCGAGCAACAUGAGUGGCGCACGUUCCGCCUAUUCGGAGCAGUACUAUUAUCCAAAGGAGAAGAUGCACAUUACAGAGAACAAGCUGAGCAAUUGUCACACCUACGAGGCGGCACCGAACAGCCUCGUCCACCCCCACCAACAGGCCCCGCAAUUUGCCAGCGUGCGUCGUCAGUUGCCCCAUGGCUGCAGCAUCGGACGUGACAGUGCGCGCUUCAAGGCUGGCUCAGCCGGAUCCGGUUCCGGCUCACCUUUGAACUUGCUCGACUUGGAUGGCUCCUCGUUCUGUUAUGCUGGCCUCGCCGACUCCGGCUGCGGAGGCUCUCCCUCGCCCAUGGCCAUGCUGAUGUCGAAUGAGGACGAACAGGCGCUCUACCACACGGCCGACGGUGAAUUGGAUGACAUGGAGCGCUUGUAUCUGAAGGUGGACGAGAAACAGCAGCCCAUGCAGCAGCAACAACAACAGCAACUGUUGCCGCUCGUGCCCCUCGUUCCACAUCAGCAGCAACAGACGCAUGGCUGGCGAGCCCAACCAACACGCAGCUCCCAUGGCAGAAAGCCCUUGUCUCAUGCCAACGAGAAUGUGGAGCCUAACAAGUUGCAGGACGCUGGCGAGCUCAUCUAUGCACCCGGCAGUGUGGCCAGCGAGCGCAGCUUGCUGAGCAACUCGGGCAGCGGCAGCAGCCAGCAGCAGCAGCAGCCCUGCCACAACAAUGUGUGACCCCUGGCUGGGUCGGGAGCAGGCGUACAGGAGCAGUUAUAUGCGCGGGAGGUGCGCGAACUGCUCGAGUGGUGUGAACGCUUCAACAAUGGCGGCGUCGAGAAUUUUGAGUGA